AUGUUGGCCAUUUACAACAGGAUACGCAUCCACAUUGAUGUGGUCCGUCAAGAAGAACGUUUGGUUGAGCUUAUUACGAUGGCAAACAACAGUGGACAACGAGCAACAUCUAGCACUACAGAAAUCGAGCACAGUGGAUAUUCAGAUGAAUGGAGAACACUAACCGAGUGGUACUUAACUAACAAUAAGGUGGCCGAGUUUCCUCAAGGCUAUGACGAGGCAGUCCCGUCUUUUGAUGGUGUUCUGUCACACGGAUCAACUGCCGAACUUUCGAACCCUCGUGUUUUGGAAUAUCCAUUAUCGAAGACCAGAUAUGUUGACGGGGCUGUCACUGGUCGUCCCUGCUCUCCGUGCACAGGUCCGGAGAACGAAUCACCUUUUUUACCUGCAACGACCAGGCUUGCCACGCUAUUGCAAUCGUACUCAUCUAUUCAGUCUCUGAACCCCACUCUGCUACCGCCAACUGGUCAAAACAGUCGGGUUUCUGACGAGCUAACCGCUGACACUAUAUCCAUCUCCAGUUUUAUUGCACAGACACCUAAGGCAAUAUUGUCUCUACCAUCUACAUCUUCAUACACUAAGGUGAUGAUUGAAGUGUCACCCACUUUACAGACCACUUCAGCUAACUAUCUGUAUCCCCGAGAAUCGGAGUUGUCGUCUGCACCAUCGGCACCGUCUGUGCUUUCAUCAGUGACUUCAAAACCGGCAUCAAGCGCUCUCAUUAGCUCAGACAGAAAUCCUGUUGAAUAUGAAACAGCAACUUCACCUUCAUCUACACCACAACUUCAAAUCUACUCAACGCAUACAACAUAUCCAUCUUCAAUAGAGCCACAAUUACCGAAGGACUAUUCGAUGCAAUCAGAAAAACUUGACAUAGAGGAACCAAUGGGCUCCAGAAACGAGCUAUCUCUUGAUAGCUAUGGCAGCAUUGAGACGUUACCAUCCCUGCAGACGUCAGAAUAUUUCACCGAGAUGCCAUCAACACCCAUUUAUCCGUCUACAUCACCUCCACCACCUUCUCCUUCUUUGCUCAAAUUUUCUCGACCAGCUCCAACAGCUGUAACGUCUUCUACCUAUCUUCCUGAGCCUUUUCGAACAGCCUUUCCUCAACCACCACCUUCUACACAUCCGCCUAGACCUUCUCAACAAGGCCCACCGCUUCCACCGCUUCCACCGCUCACUGAUUCGUUGCCUAGUUCUCGACCAGUUCCACCACUUAUAGCGUUCUCCACAUAUCUUCCUGAACCUUUUCGAACAGCUUCACCUCAACCGCCCGCUUCUACCUAUAUAACUGGAGAUUCUCAACAAGGUCCACUGCUUCCACUGUACACCGGCUCGUUGCCUGAUUCUCCUCAAACUGUUCCAUCACUUACCCGUUCUUCUCCCUCUCCACCUGGACCUUUUCGACCAUUUCCACUAUUACCAUCGCCUAGUGGCUCUUUACCUUAUCUUUCUCUACCAGGUCCACCACCUUCUUCUUUUGUUCUCCAAAAUCUUCGACCAGCUGGGUUUUUUACAUCGACUUCUUCCUCUCUAACCAAACUUUAUCCACCUUAUCCAUUGCUUAUUCCAUCAUCUCCAUUAGGUCCGCAUACCCCUAAGGAGGAAUUGCAUUCAUAUUCAGGAUACUCUAUUACUGAAGAACCAACCAAUAUUGAAACAAAAUCUGCUUCUAUAGCUGAUAUUUAUUUGGAGGAAACUAAGUUAUCCAGUACAGGACACACCCCACUUUCCUCUUCUCCUUUUAGCACCUACUCCAGAAACACCAAUAUAACUCUUACAGCCACUUUGACUCCAUCGUCAUUAUAUUAUCAAAAGCAAUGGGAAACAACGGAAUCAAGUGCUUUUUUGCAAGGAACCAGUAAAUCGGAUGAAAGCGGCAACUCAGAUUUCGAAGGAGACCACAUUGGAGCAGGAGCACAAGAUCUUUCAUCGACACCUACAGCACAUAAAGAAACAAUUCCAGCCCAGUCCUUUAAUACUGUAGAAAAUCCUGUGCUUGUGCCCGAACAAUCAGCAUCAGGAGCAGAACUGGAACAAAGUGUUAUGGAACCAUCGGUUAGUCAAGAAGAAACGCUGCCUUCCCAGUCAUUCACUACCUAUAGAGGCGACAAGUCCUUUACAUCGCCAUCAACCGUGAACACUAAUUUGGCUCCUAAAUUAGAAAGUUUUACAUCUUUCGAAAUGAUUAAUCCACUCUCAUCGCCUGCCGUAACACUUCAUUCAGAAGAGAUUCCGGAGUUGGGAGGUGGUUCACAAGACAUAAAUGACUUACCAACGGAGAGCUUCAGUGUGUCAGCAAUUACAACUAACGUUCCAAAAAAGAUUUCACAAGUACCUGAAACAGCUCCAACACUUCCUGAACCUACGGGAUCAGGAUCAGGUAAAAUUGAAGUCGAACCGUCGGAUUAUGCAAACUUGGAGUUGGAUCACGAGGGACCUGACACCGUCAUCGACACUGAGACACACAUAGUACAGCCAUUAAAGUGA